UGUACGUACUUCCUGGGCGGGAACACCAAAAUGGCGCCAGAACCAGUGGCAGGUUGAGUCUGCUGGCCCUAUCCGGAGCCAGUGUACGGUCCCGGGCCUCUAGUCCUUUUCUGGACAUGGAGGAUGUGGAGGUGCGCUUCGCUCACCUCUUGCAGCCCAUCCGGGAUCUCACUAAGAACUGGGAGGUGGACGUAGCAGCACAGCUGGGCGAGUAUCUGGAGGAGCUGGACCAGAUUUGCAUUUCUUUUGAUGAAGGCAAAACCACUAUGAACUUCAUUGAGGCAGCACUGUUGAUCCAGGGCUCAGCUUGUGUGUACAGUAAAAAGGUGGAGUACCUCUACUCGCUGGUCUACCAGGCUCUCGAUUUUAUUUCUGGCAAGAGGCGAGCCAAGCAGCUCUCUUUAGUACAGGAAGAUGGGAGCAAUAGGGCUGUCAACUCAGGAACUCUCUAUGAAACAGAGGAUGAGCUCCGGUCACUGGAUGACUUCCCUGACUCCCGGGCUAAUGUGGAUCUGAAAAAUGACCAGGCAUCCAGUGAGCUGCUUAUCAUACCCCUUCUGCCCAUGGCCCUGGUGGCCCCUGAUGAAGUGGAAAAGAACAGCAACCCCUUGUAUAGCUGUCAGGGUGAGGUCUUGGCCAGCCGGAAGGAUUUUAGGAUGAACACAUGUACCCCCGAUCCCAGAGGUUACUUUAUGUUGGAUCCAGUGGGAAUGUGUCCUGUGGAGCCUGCGGAUGUGUGCCCCAUGCCAAGGAGCCAGAAAGAUGCUGAGGGUGCUGAAGAGCAGCCAAUGGAAGUCUCUAGGAAUGGGAGUCCUGUUCCUGUACUCAGCAUCCCCCAAGAGCCAGACACUUUUCUAGAAGGCCCAGUGCCCAGCGAUGCAGAUGAGGAUGCAGAGGAUGCAGCAGAGCUCCCGGAGGUGGCUCUAGAGCCUGCAGAGCCCAGGACCUCACAGCAGAGUACCACCUUGCCAAGGAGAUAUAUGCUGCGGGAGCGACACGGGGCCCUGGAGCCUGCCACCCAGCCACAGGAGACCCAAGACGCCUGGCAGAGCCUGGACCCUUUUGACUCCUUGGACUCUAAGCUCUUCCAGAAAGGUAAGCCCUAUUCUGUGCCACCUGGUGUGGAAGAGCCUCCAGGACAGAAGCGCAAGAGGAAGGGUGCUACCAAGCUGCAGGACUUCCACCAGUGGUACCUGGCUGCCUAUGCUGAGCAUGCUGACAGCAGGAGGCCUCGGCGGAAGGGCCCGACUUUUGCAGACAUGGAAGUGCUGUACUGGAAACACGUAAAGGAACAGCUAGAGACCCUUCAGAAGCUUCAGAGACGUAAGAUGACUGAGAGAUGGCUGCCCAGGGCCACGGAGGAUCUGUGGCCUGUAGAGGAAGAACGCUUGGAAGACCCCCUAGAAGACCUAGGGGUAGCAGAUGAUUUUCUGGAGCCUGAAGAGUAUGCAGAGCCUGAGGGGGUGGUGCCUGGGGAAGCUGCUGACCUAGAUGCAGAGGCUAUGCCAGAGUCCCUGAGAUAUGAGGAGCUGGUCCGAAGAAAUGUGGAACUCUUCAUUGCCACCUCCCAGAAGUUUGUGCAGGAGACAGAGCUGAGCCAACGCAUCAGGGACUGGGAAGAUACUAUCCAGCCCCUGCUCCAGGAGCAGGAGCAGCACGUGCCCUUUGAUAUACAUACCUAUGGGGACCAGUUGGUUUCAAGGUUCCGCCAGCUCAAUGAGUGGUGCCCCUUUGCGGAGCUUGUAGCUGGGCAGCCUGCUUUUGAGGUGUGCCGCUCCAUGCUGGCCUCUUUGCAACUGGCUAAUGACUAUACGGUGGAGAUCACCCAGCAGCCAGGACUGGAGGCAGCUGUGGACACCAUGUCUUUGAGACUGCUCACACACCAGCGAGCCCAUACGCGUUUCCAGACCUAUGCUGCCCCCUCCAUGGCCCAGCCUUGAGUGAAGAGCACUGAGGCAGGGUGGAAGAACCAGUCAGACCCAGCAGUCUUGGGUGGAAGUCCUGCACAUACCGGGCCAUGGCUGCCACGUCAUCCCGUUCUGGGUCCACAGUGAUGAAGACAGGCUGCACCAGGGGCAGGUCAGGCUCUGUCUCCAGCUUCUGUACCACUUGAACCAGCUUUUCCAGCUCAUCAGGGCAGAUAUCAGGGCAGUGAGUGAAGCCAAAGUACAUCAGUACCCACUGGCCUUGGAAGUCAGCUUUGCAUCGAGGCUGGCCUUUGUGGUCCAGUAGGCUGAAGUCACCCUGGCCCACAGCAGCCUGGCGCAGGGCCUCCGUUCGUUGCUGUUGACGCCUCUGUUCCUUCUCAGCUCUUGCUGCCAGCCAGGCCCAGCCCAGCCCAGCUCCAAACAGGGCAGUGAUCAGCAGCCUAGUUCUUAGCCUGGGACCUUGGGGCUGGCUCUGCCCUGACCAGUGUCUGGACUUUACAUACAGAGUUUCGCCUCCUGGGAUCCUGAGGACUGGAGGUUUGAACUGGGAGAGCCUGGGCCAAACUCUGGGCCCUAGAGCCUGUAGCACCAUGGACAUGAAGCUCCUGGAAAAGAACAGACAAGGUGCCUGGGCUUCCACUGCUGGAGAAACUUGUCACCCCACAUCUAAGCAGGCUAGCCAGCUGUCUGUAUCUGCUUAUCUGAACUCAGAACUGCUCUGCCUCAAGCCUUAAGCAUCAGCCUAGGCAACAUCAAAUGCCAUAACUGGCUUGCUCCACAUCUGUCACUCCUAGUUCUUUAACUAGGGAGCUUCAGCCUCAUUAACCCAAUGUAUGGAUAACCUGCACCUCAACUGCCAAGCUUCCCCUCUAGAUGCCUGGAAGCAUUCAGAAUAUGCUUUGCCUGGGCACCAGAGCGUAUGUGUCUAUUUACAAUAAAAAAAAAUUUUUUUAAAGGA